AUGGAUAAGUCAUGGAUGCACUCGAAUAGAAGAUCGAAGGCAUAUGAGUUAGGGGUGGAAGCAUUUUUGAACUUUUCUGUAGAAAAUCUUCUAACUACAACACAUAUCCGUUGUCCAUGUGUUAAUUUGAAAUUGUUUGGGGUUGGAAUUAUAAGGGAUCACUUAUACUUUAAUGGAGUUGACCAAAGCUAUAAGAAUUGGACAUUUCACGAAGAACCUUGGGAAGCAACUACUAAUGCUAGUAGAAAUGUUGAAGAAGAUGAUGACCAUAUUAAGUACAGUUUUGUGUCUGAAGAAAUAGAGAUGGAUGAUAAUGAUGUUGGUGAUUUUGGAUCUGAUCCUUAUGAGUUUGCCAAUGUGAUUGGGGAUGGAGAUCAACCAUUGUACCCUGGUUGUAGAAAGUACACGAAGUUAUCGGCAUUAGUGAAGUUGUAUAAUUUGAAGGCAAAACAUGGGAUGAGUGAUGUCUGUUUUACAGAAUUAUUGAUACUUCAAGGCGAUUUGCUUCCAGAAGGAAAUACAAUACCGGCCUCUAUGUAUGAGGCAAAAAAGACUUUGUGUGCAUUGGGGCUGAGUUAUGAGAAAAUGCACGCAUGCCCCAAUGAUUGCAUCUUGUAUAGGAAGGAGUAUGAGGAUUCAACUAAUUGUCCUACUUGUGGUAUCUCAAGGUGGAAGGAAGGCAAAGAUUCAAUCUUGAAAGAGGGUGUGCCAGCGAAGGUGGUGUGGUAUUUUCCUCCAAUUCCAAGGUUUAAAAGGAUGUUUCGAUCACAUGAGACAGCUAAGAGUUUGACUUGGCAUGCUGCUAGAAAAUCAAUUGACGGUCAUAUGUCUCAUCCGGCGGAUUCCCCGUCUUGGAAACUUCUUGAUGAUAAAUGGCCCGAGUUUGGUAAUGAGCCGAGAAACUUGAGAUUGGCUCUUUCAUCUGAUGGAUUCAAUCCCCACAGUUCUCUAAGUAGCAGAUAUAGUUGCUGGCCAGUUAUCUUAGUUACAUAUAAUCUCCCUCCAUGGUUGUGCAUGAAACGAAAGUUCAUGAUGUUGACCUUAUUGAUUUCCGGUCCUAAACAGCCCGAAAAUGAUAUAGACGUCUACUUGGAGCCUUUGAUUGAUGAUUUAAAAUCUUUGUGGGAUGAGAUUGGAGGAGUGUAUGAUGCAUAUAAUGGAGAAUACUUUACACUCAGAGCUGCAUUAAUGAGGCAACGUGCAGCUUUUAAUGGGAAACCUGAAUAUGGCACGCCUCCCGAGCCAUUAACCGGAGAAGAAGUGUUGCAUAUGGUUGAAGAUGGUGACAAAGUUUGUUGGAAGAAGAAAUCAAUAUUCUUUGAUCUCGAGUAUUGGAAAUACCUUCCUGUGAGGCAUGUCCUAGAUGUUAUGCACAUUGAGAAGAAUGUUUGCGAUAGUAUCAUUGGUACAUUGCUGGAGAUCCCUGGAAAAAAUAAAGAUGAGAUUGCUGCUCGAUUAGAUUUAUUGAACAUGGGGGUCAAAACUGAUUUGCAACCCGAGUAUGGAGAAAGACGUACUCGUUUGCCUCCCGGGCCUUGGAAUUUGUCAAGAGCAGAGAAGAGAGAGAAUCGUACUUGUCCCGAAGGUUGCAUUGCUGAGCGGUAUAUAGCUGAAGAAGCUGUAGAGUUUUGUACCGAGCAUUUAUCUGAUGUUAGUACAGUUGGAGUGCCUUCAAGCCAAAAGAUGGGAGUUUCAAAGCCAUUAUCAGGUUGCACAGUGAGCGUAGUUGAUCGGGACCUGUUGAACCAAGCACAUCUAUAUGUCUUGGAGAAUACGGAGGAAGUCCUACCUUAUAUCGAGCAACAUAUGAUCCACAUCAAGACCGCUUAUCCAAAAUUUAGAAAGAGAACAAAGUGGCUGCAGGAUAAGCACAAUAGCACUUUCAUUCAAUGGCUACGCUUCAAGGUUCAAAGUGAACUUAAUGAGGAAGACAAUCAUGGCGUAUCAGAAAAUUUAAGGUGGCUAGCAGCUGGUCCAAACAUGGCAGUGCCAUUAUAUAGGAGCUAUCUUAUUAAAGGUAUUAAAUUCAACAUCAAGGCACAAGAUGAUGUGCGGACAACUCAAAAUAGUGGAGUUUAUUUACUUGCACAUACUAUGCAAGUUGCUAGUGCCAAGGAUAAAAACUCAAUUCUUUCAAAUAUGGGUUUCUAUGGUGUCAUUCAAGAAAUUUGGGACCUUGACUACCAAAAGUUUACAAUCUCAGUCUUUAGGUGUGAUUGGAUAGAUAAUAUUUCUGGUCUUGUAGUGGACGAACUUGGAUUUACCCUUGUAGAUUUGAGUAAAAUUGGACAUAGGAAUGACCAAUUUGUUUUGGCUUCUCAAGUCAAACAAGUAUUUUUUGUUGACGACCCGAUGCAUCGUGGUUGGUCGGUAGUGUUAUCAAUGCCUAAUAGAGAAUAUAAUGAUGUUAUUGGUGAUGAUGUCUUAGGUGAUGUGAGAAUUGAGUGUGAGCCAUUUACUAGAGAGAUGCCAAAUGUUGACACAUUUGAUAAAGUGGUGGUUGAGUUAGGGAGUCAAAAUAUUCGAGAUGGGUGUGAAGAUAUAUGGGUUGAAUGA